AAAGGCUUUGUAGCGCCGAGCAACCGACUGCUGGUUCCGACGCGGCCAAAUGUGUGCGUGGGGCUGUUCAGUCUUUUAAAGAAAAGCGUAAGGAGAGAUUACCGUGCCUGAGGCGUAUUGCAGUGAGGUGUGUCUUAUCACCACGCACGGCGAGGAGGGCUCGAUCAGGAAUUUUGUGGCAGCAUUUUUAAUUUGAAAGUUCACAGAAGUUGGGGGACAUGACCACAAUGACUGCACAGCAGCAAAGUGUUUGACCCUCAUCUGUUCUGGCAGAACCUGAAGGAAAGUCUAACUGGAAAGGUUCGAACAAGGAGUUGCUGAGUCUUAUGAGGAAUAUCUUCAGUGAACUGAAUAUGCAGCAAAUUUUCAAGGAUGAAAUUGGAGUAUAAAUUGAAAUGGAACUUACUAGUCACCUGCUUUCCACCAAUAAUAUUGGCAACUGGACAUUAAUGGCUAUUGUCAACCCAAUAUUCCACGAUCUGUUACAGAACUUUGAUUGACAUUUCCUCCCUCAAGAACACUUAGACAUGCAGUCCAGGAUUCCUGGCCCCACUACAAGGGCAGCCGCAGCAAUCAGCAGCAAUUCCAAGUCUCUCACAACUAUGAACAGACAAGGUCAAACUGUUAGCUGUUUGAAUAAGCACAACGCAUUGCCGUGCAAGUCCGGGAGUCAGAAAGAUUUAUCUGACAAUAUAACUCAACUGCCAGUCAUGAAUGGGAACAUGCAAUUAAAUUCAACAAGGCACCAGCACACUUCAACCGUAUCUCAACCCAGAAACAUACCACCUAAUAGAAAGCAAACCUCCGAGAUGUCCUCCAAACAGAUUUCUAGGCAGCUGAAUCCUUCUGUUUCUUCCUCAAUAAAUGAUCUGGAUAAGGUCCCUACCCCAGGAAAUGAAAAAAGCUCAUCUAAUGCAAAUAAAUCUGUGGAAGAACAGAAAUAUCACAGUAAAACCUCCAGAAAUACUGCAGAGGGUAGAGCUGAAGUCUUUUUGAACAACAAGGGGCAGGAUAGUUCAGUAGAACUUGGGAACCCUGAAUUGUGUAAUACUGAACCAGACAGUGGAGAAUCUGCAUACAACAGUCCACGGAUACCACGGAAGGGAAUCGUUCAGUCUUCGAAUAAAACUCAGAACAUGCAGAAGUCAGCAUCAAAAAUGUCGGAUAGAGGUCAAAAGGACGAGAAGAGAGAUAGUAGUGGAGUCAACUCCAGGGGAAAAGUUGCUUCUACAAAAGCCUCUCGAAUUGCUGGCUUGAACCAUGCAAGGAGCAAAGUUUUGAAUGAUGUACAGAAGGGCAUUGCAACUCUUCCUCCCAGGGGAAAGUGUAAAUCCAGAUUCAGUAUUUCAAAUGAUAAUCUAUUACAGCUGUCGAGAUGUGGAAGUGCAACAGAUACAGAGAAACCUAAAAGCAGUUCCAGUCAAAGACAGUGGAAAUCUGAUGUUAGCUGGAAGUCCUACAGUUUCUCCAAUUUGCUUUUAGAUGACAAUGAAGAUUUGUCAGAACUGUCUGUCUCCUCUGUGAGUUCUCCAAAGCAUACUUUUACAGGUGGUGUGAAAAUGUCCGUCAAUAGCAACGUCAUCAAGCUUCCAUCUCCAACGCAAAACAGCCAUCCCAACACAGCAACAGUAGCUCCCUUCAUGUACAAAGGAGAAACAAAGAGAGAAAGUAAUAACGCAGAGGUAAAGGAGUCUACAGCCUAUCCUAACACAGGGGAAUGCAACUGGAAACUCAAAAAGUCUCUUGAGGAUAUUGAUCCAGAGACCCAGAGAAAAAGGACUGUUCAGAAUAUUGUAGAUCUUCGGCAGAACUUGGAAGACACCAUGUCGAGUUUGAGGGGAUCACAGAUAACCCAUAGUGCUUUAGAUGCAGCCUUUGACAGCGACCUGACUGCUGAAGUAAAUGCCAGAAGCCGCGGCACAAGUUCAUCUAACCGAUCUUCACCAUUGUCCUGGCGCUAUGGUCAAGCAAGCCCCCGUCUCCAGGCAGGGGAUGCACCUUCUGUAGGCACUGGCUGCCAGCCUGGAGGGAAUUCUGGCUGGUUUGUUCGUGGAGACUCCUCCCAUUACUCUCACACCAUGCCCAUGCGGAGUUCCAGCAAAUCAUGUAACAUCUCUCGCUUAGACUUGGAUUCUCUGGAUGCUGAUGACGUGGACCUGAAGUCUAUCAGUGCUGACAUGUCUGGCUAUAUGAGUGACAGUGAUCUGUUGGGGAAAACAAUGAAUGAUGAUGACAUUACAACUGGUUGGGAUGAAAGUAGCUCCGUUAGCAGUGGCCUCAGUGACACCUCUGACAAUCUUAGCUCUGAAGAUUUAAAUGCCAGUUCAUCUCUCAACUCCUAUCCAACUACGCCUGUUGCUUCCAGAAGAAAUUCCGGCAUAGCGUUGCGGACAGAUGCAGAGAAGCGCUCUAUGGUUGAGAGUGGUCUGACCUGGUGCAGUGGCUCUGAAGGCAAAGGCCAGAAGAAGUCUGAGGGUGGCUAUGAUGCCAGCAACCUCAAGAUGGAUCAAAACACAAAGUGGAGACGCAUUCGGAGCGAAUCAGCUGACGAAACUACAAAAGGAGAACUAAAGAAACCACAACCUACAGUGCAAACCAGUUCACUAAAAAAGAGUGCAGCACCAGUGGGUGUAACUUCCCCAAUGACCAGUUCAGGAGCAGGCUCUCUGAAACCAGCUGGUAAAAUUGAUUCUAAAGUCCAAGACAAAGGAAAAUUGGCUCUCAAAGGAACAAGCUUGCAAAGAUCUUCUUCUGACGCUAGUAGGGACAGAGUUGGAGAAGCACGAAAACCUCCAUCAGGAAUUUCCAGGCCUUCUACUGGUGGUUCUUUUGGCUAUAAGAAGCCAACUACAGGCACCGCAACUGUGAUGACAUCUGGUGGGAGCUCUGUGCCAGUGGGAAAAACUCAGAAAUCCACAGGCAUCCCUGUUAAACCAACAAACUCCAGGAAAACCAGCCUUGAUGUUUCCCAAAACCAUGAUGGUUUCAUGUCAUCAGGUGCAAGGACAGCCGUGCAGUACCGCAGCUUGCCCCGUCCAGCCAAGUCGAGUUCUGUUAGUGUCACUGGCAGAGCAGGUGUAAAUAGACCUGUUAGUAGCAACAUUGACCCAAGUCUCAUCAGCAGUAAGCAUGGGGGUAUCCCUGUGUCACGUCUGAAAGAACCCUCAAAAAUUGGUUUGGGGCGUACAAAUUCAGGACCAGUGAAUCAAACAGAUCGAGAGAAAGAGAAGGCAAAGGCAAAGGCAGUGGCUUCGGAUACUGAAUGUACAACUGCAGCAAGUUCUGCAAAGACCACUGCAACCCCCGAAAGUCAAAAUAAAUUGCAAGGAAUGCGACAGCAAAGUUCCAAGUUCUCAGAGAUGUCAUCUCCAACAGCACAGAGGGUGAUAAGCUCAAAAGGAAUCAGCAAGCCACCUACAAUGGCCAACAUUGACAAAAUCAACUCCAAUAGCUUGGACUCUUCCACCUCAGGACAUGCAUCUGUCAGUAGCAGUAUUGCAAAUGAAACUUUAACCAAACUCCCUGAUGCCCAGACAAGUACAAUCAGCUUAGCUCCAUGUCUAACUCCAAGCCCUGCCCCUGUCCUUAAUGUAAAUUCCAGUACCUUUAGUCAAGGUCUUGGUCUCGGUAGCAAUUUCACAAACAACAAGGAAACUCUAAUGUACCCUAAGCUAAGUAGCCUGCACACCAGCAUGGAAUCUUUGGAUCUUCCAUUGAGUGUUCCAUGUUCAUUUCCCGCUAGUGGCACGAUUUCGAGGGAAGAAGAUCACAGCACACUCACAUGGACUGGAGGUUCUAGAUUCUCACAGAUGGAAAGUGCACAACGUGACAGAAAUACUCUGCCGAAAAAAGGACUCAGAUAUGGAACAAGUUCGCAGCAAGAAGACACGAAGGAAUGGCUCCACACACGCCCUAUUGGCGGCUCUAUAGACUCAGAUAACCAAUUACUUUCUUCUCCCUCUGCUGUCCCGUUGUCAAAUUUAGCAAGCCCCACAGUGGUGUCUCAGCUCAGCAGCCCCACUCCAAAAAUGAUGCGCUCCAAUAGCAUUCCAACCCAUGAUUCCUCUUUUGAUUUGUAUGGAAGUCUGCAGAUGGGAAGCACAAUUUCUUUGGCAGAAAGACCAAAGGGGAUGAUCCGCUCAGGCUCAUUUAGGGAUCCUGUGGAUGAUGUUCAUGGCUCAGUGCUUUCACUUGCAUCUACCACAUCAUCGGUUCAUUCUAUGAGUGAAGACAAGGUCCAAGGAGAGCAUAUUCGGAAACUACGUAGAGAACUUGAAUCUUCACACGACAAGGUUUCUGCACUUACAUCACAACUGUCUACGAAUGCUCAUCUUGUGGCAGCAUUUGAGCAGAGUUUGACCAAUAUGACAUCUCGUCUGCAGAGCCUUGCCAUGACAGCAGAACAAAAGGACUCAGAGUUAUUUGACCUCAAAGAAACUAUCGAUAUGUUGCACAAGAAAAAUGCAGAAGCACAAGCUGUUAUACAUGGAGCCUUGAACAAUCCUGAUUUAACACCCAAAGAAUUACGUAUAAAGAGGCAGAAUUCAUCAGACAGUAUCUCCAGUCUCAACAGCAUUACAAGCCAUUCCAGCAUUGGGAGUGGUAAGGAUGCUGAUGCAAAAAAGAAGAAAAAGAAAAGCUGGCUGAGAAGCUCAUUUAAGCAAGCCUUUACCCUCAAAAAAGCACCCAAAUCAGCAUCCUCAUAUUCUGACAUUGAAGAGAUAGCAACACCGGACUCUUCUGUUCCAUCAUCACCCAAAGUGCAACAUGAAGAUGCAGAAUCAUCAUCUCCCUCCAUGAAACCAUCACUUUCAUCCACUAAGGCCUUUGACUCCAAUGAGACUGACUUGAAGGAGGUAUCAAUCCUACGGAGUGAGCUGUGGGAGAAGGAACGGAAACUAACGGAUAUUCGCCUGGAGGCUCUUAGUUCAGCUCACCAGCUGGAGCAAUUGCGAGAAGCAAUGCACAAUAUGCAGGUGGAAAUUGAAGCACUGAAACUGGAAAAUGACCGUCUAAAAGCAGAUACAGGUACAGGAGCUCCACAGGCUGCACCAUUAUCUUCUGCCACUUCUUCUCCUCGGCGAUCAUUAGGGCUCACCUUAGCUCAUUCGUUCAGCCUCAGUCUUACAGAUUCUGUCGACCAAGAUACAUCCCCAAUGGAUGGGGUGACCAGCUCCUCCUCGAAGGAAGAAAGGACUGUUCGAAUUGUGGUCCUGUUGACUGAAGAGCAGAUUUGUAAUGAAACCACAAAGCAGCAAGAGUUUUUCAUUGGUUCCACCAAAGUAAGUGGAACAACUGACUGGACUGCUUUGGAUGGAGUUAUCUGCCAACUAUUUAAGGACUACAUUACAAAAGUGGACCCGGUUUCUUGUCUUGGGUUGAGUACAGAUGCCAUCUACAGCUAUACUGUUGAUCAUGUAAAACGAGUGUUUGGAACUGAUCCACCAGAGCUACUGCCCUACAGAUAUAUGGGAAAGGAAGCCACCAGCUUCUCCGUAACUUUGAAAGGAUUGAAAGAGAAGAGUGUAGACAGCUUGGUUUUUGAAACUCUGAUUCCUAAGCCAAUGAUGCAGCAUUACCUCAGUCUACUGCUCAAACAUCGAAGGCUCAUCUUGUCAGGCCCCAGUGGGACUGGCAAGUCCUACCUGUCCAUUCGUUUGGCUGAAUACUUGGUUCAGAGGUCAGGACGAGAAGUCACGGAUGAAAUCAUUGUAACGUUUAACAUGGAUACACAUUCAUGCAAGGAUUUGCAGCUAUAUCUUUCCAACCUCGCCAAUCAAAUUGACAGAGAAACUAGCACAGGGAAUGUACCAUUGGUAAUAAUACUUGAUGAUCUCAGUGAGCCUGGUUCUCUAAGUGAACUUGUCAAUGGUGCCCUUACAUGCAAGUAUCAUAAAUGCCCAUAUGUAAUUGGAACCACCAACCAGCCUAUCAAAACAACACCAAACCAUGGCCUUCACCUCAGUUUCAGGUUGGUGCCAUUUUCCAACAAUGCAGAACCUGCUAAUGGAUUCCUUAGUCGCUACUUACAGAGAAAGUUGAUCGAGUCAGAGAAUGUCGCAAAUGCAAACAAUAAUGAAAUCCUUAAUAUUCUUAACUGGGUGCCCAAGUUAUGGUAUCAUCUGCACACAUUUCUGGAAAUGCACAGUACAUCUGACUUCCUCAUCGGCCCUUGCUUUUUCCUAUCUUCUCCUGUCAAUGUGGCUGAAUUUAGAGAAUGGUUCAUUGACCUGUGGAAUUACUCCAUUCUCCCUUAUCUUCAGGAAGGAGUUAAUGAUGGUGUUAAGACUUAUGGAAGGAAAGCUGUGUGGGAAGACCCUGCUAAGUGGGUACAGGAUACACUGCCUUGGUCAACUGCUUCACAAGACCGCUCCAAGAUCUUCCAUUUGCCUCCUCCAAGUAUAGGAUCACAUGUUACAGGACCUCCUGCAGAUGAAAGAAAGAUCAAAGAGACGGCACCUACUUCAAUUGAAUCUGACCCACUUAUGAGUAUGCUACUGAGGCUCCAGGAGGCAGCCAAUUACACCCAAAGUUGUGAAGGAGACAAUGUUUUGGAAUCAUCUUUGCAAUCAACACAUUGAAAGGAAAGAAAGCAAGGAAUAUGGGAGCCAUCUUGUUUUUAAUCAUGUCAUAACUACAUUUUGAAUAUUGUAGUCCUGAAACAGAUGUAUAUUCUGUGAUAGACGUAGUUAGGUAGGGGGCUAAAUUAAUUGAUGGGUAAAAUUGUAGGUUUAAGGCCCAAAAUCAUAUGUAAGUUAACUGUGAUCAUUUAUUGUAAAUCAUAUCGCCUAGCCAUCUGGAAGGAAAAAUACCAUCUAACUGUAUGGACUUUUAAUGCUGUGUUUGUACCUUAUAAUUCAAUCUUCAAAAGUGCAUGGCAAUCAUUUAAGCAGAAACAAAUAAUAUUUUAGUGAGCUUUAUUAAGGUUAAUUCCAAAUCUACAACUCAAUUAUAGGAGCCAUCGCUGUUCCACUACUGCUAUCAUCUCAGAUGUCACACUGGUGCUGACUGGAGGACCUCUCCACCAAUCUUUGCAGUUUAUAGUGUUCAAAACCGCAUUAGUCCGCACAAUUUGUGUGCACAAAAGCACAGCUAAAAUGUGAAUCAUUGUGAAACCACUAAAACAGGAGUUUAUUAUUUCCCAAGUGCUAAAAUGGUGCACAUUGUAAUUGAAAGAUUUUUGUAUCCUGAAUUUAAAACUGAUAUGUUUUAUGAAUUUUGGUUUCAUUAGUCAUUAUCGUGUAUUAUAGGAACCCUUUAAGUACUUGUUUCCCUUUGUACUGCUUCAAACAUAAGAAAGCUUUUUAAUCAAGGGCAGUUGAGGGAGGAGUGAGUGUACAUUACGGAAACAAAAUUCUUAACCUCAGGAACAAGUUAUUUUCCCUUCUUCUACGUCCCAACUUAAGUUAAUUAGUUUCAUAAGAUCCCCUGCACUAAAACUAUUAACAAGGGGCUAAAUUAACUUUUCCCAGAGAUGACCUAAAACCAACUUGUAACUAGCUCCUUGAAGAUGUACGACAAUUAAAUUUUUAAUCCCUGCUAAGUAUUAUCUGUUUUGGGGCAUUUGCCUUGUGUCUCAAUGGCUAUUCUAUAUACUUCCUUGUGUCACAUAUUGUACCACAGAGUACCCAUAAUGGUAGGAGCAGAUUUUUUUCUUAUCUCUAGCACAAUAUGUGUUUCUUGUGUUUAUAAUGAUACAAGUAAGGAACUUUCGAAAAUAGUUGCAGAAAUGUCAUUUUUUGAUUUCUUCUGAACUACUUAAGCUUUGCUAUUAAGAACGCCCACAGCAUGAGUAAUUACUUGGAGCUUUUACAAUAAAACUGUGUGGGAAGAGAUUCAGCCUCUGCAAUAUGAGCUAAAUGUUUGAUGUAGUGUCAUGUCCAUUGGACUAUAUAUCGAAGUCAAUGGAACCGAAUUUCAAUAUUAGAUUGCACGUUUAGCACAUACAGCAGAUGGUGAAUUUCGAGCCUAUGCACUUUCCUUAAGAUGUAAAAGGCAGCAAUUUAGGUUAAUUUUUAUGUUGUUUCUGAACUAGCUUUUAUACAAUAUUCUGUGAUUUUUCUGGUUAUUGAUUAAAUCAAAUCAUCAACCUUAUCAACUUCAUUCUCAUCAUUCAUUCCAUCAGUUCAAUUUGCCUGGAUAUAACUAUAUGUGUGGCUGGGACUUUGGCCAGGAGUUUCAUCUUUCAUGUAACACAGAGGAUGACCAUUUGGCUCAUCAGAUAUGCUGGCUUUCAGACCAUUUCCCAACAUUUCUCUGUAACCUAUUCUCUCUCACAUAUCCAUCAACUUCCCCCAAUUUUUGCAUCAGGGAUAACUUACAGUAGUCAAUUCAUCUAUCAUCCAGUGCAAUUUUGGGAUAUGGGAGGAAACUGAAGCACCCAGGAGAAACCCACAUAGUCAUAGAGGGUAUGUGAAAACUCUGCACAGAAAUCUGAAAGACAUAAGCACUGCUUAUAUUGUGUGUGACUGAUGCCCCCUCUCCUUAUCCACACCUCCAAACAUAUUACUGUUACAUUUAUAUUUUGCUUAAUUUAAUCUUUGACCUACACACAAAUAUUUUUAGUACUGGUUAAUUGUAAACUUUACUGAUCUGUAACUAAGGUACCAAUAGCUUCCAAGUUAUUGUACUUUAUAUUCUUGAACACAAUUGUUCUUAAUCAAAUUAUUUAAAUACUUAAAAUUUUCUGUGACACUCAUGUAUAAUUUUUACAAUAGAGAUUCAGUACCCAUUUUCCUUCCUGUUCAGCAGUGAAUCUAACGUACUUGAGAUUGCUUCUUUG